AUGCUCACCAAGGCGCAGGUGGAAGAACAUCGCACAAAAGAGUCUUGCUGGGUCAUCAUCUCAGGAAAUGUGUACGAUCUGACCGACUUCCUGGAUCAUCACCCCGGCGGCUCAGCCAUCAUCCUUCGAUACGCAGGCCAGGAUGCCACGUCGGCGUAUGAGCCCUUACACCCUCCUGGGACUCUCGAAAGAUAUUUGAGCAAGGAGAACUGUAAAGGUCCAGUGCUUGUCGACCAAGGCAGUGUCAAAGUGGUAAAGAGGAAAUACAAAGAAGGGGACCCAAUCCCGUUGAUGCUAUGCAUGAAUCUCGACGACUUUGAAAAGGCAGCUCGUAUAGCGAUCCCGGAGCGAGCCUUUGUCUAUUUCCACUCGGCGGCGGAAGAUAAAGUGACGUUCUACAGGAAUCGACAGGACUGGUCAAGAAUUUCCCUUCGUCCACGGACGCUUACCGAUGUGGCCAAGGUAGACCCAAGUCGGCGUAUCAUGGGGUUCCAGAGUUCCCUGCCGUUUUUCAUCGCACCAGCUGCAAUGGCGCGUCUAGCUCAUCCUGACGGAGAGCUCUGCCUUGUCCGCGCCGCAAUCAAAUACGGAAUCCCAUACUGCGUGAGCACCUAUUCGUCUGUUCCACACGAAGAGCUCGCAAGCCAUGUACAGCCAGACAAACCUACAGUGCUGUUCUUCCAGCUUUAUGUCGCAAAGGAGAGAUCACGGACCGAGGCGCUGAUUCGGAACGCGAAGAAACUUGGGUUCAAAGGACUGCUCAUUACGGUCGACACUGCCGUAGGAGGGAAAAGAGAAGAGGAUGAGCUGUUCCAAGCACAAAUAGCAUACGAGGCCGGCGACGACGACGUUCCUCGUCCAUUCUACGCAAGUCCGGGAGAAGAGGUACCCAUCCUACGCGGCGCUCACUCGUCGACGCUCAACUGGCGCGAUCUCGAAUGGAUCCGUCAAGAGUGGGGAGAUGCCGGCCCGAUUUACCUCAAGGGCAUCCAAUGUGCCGAAGACGCAGAAGCGGCGCUGCGUGCGAACGUGCACGGUAUCUAUCUCAGCAACCACGGAGGACGGCAACUCGACUCUGGAUCUAGCGCCCUCCGGACGUUGAUGGAGAUCAGGACAUUCUGCCCGCACGUCCUGGAAAGGCUGGAGGUUUAUCUUGACGGUGGCGUUCGUCGGGGGAGCGAUGUAAUCAAGGCUUUGUGUCUGGGUGCCACGGCCGUCGGACUGGGUAGACCAUUCAUGUAUGCUCUUGGGGCAUAUGGUACGGAUGGUGUCGUGAAAGCCAUCCAAAUCUUGAGUGACGAGAUAGAGAGUACGAUGAGGUUGAUGGGCGUCACUGCCUUGGACCAGCUCACUCCGGACCAUGUCAAUGCAAGACAACUCGAGAAUGAAUUGCCUCGCCGAUUACUCGGCUUUGAGGCCAGGAGCAGAUUAUGA